AUGAGUGAAAAACUCAAACACUUGGGAAUGGUCUUCAAUAAUUCCAAUGACCAGAAAUUUUUCAAAAUACCAAAUUAUGAAAAUGACCGCAAUCACAGUCAAGUAACGGAUAGUAACUAUCCUGAAAAAUUGGUCCUACCUCCAAUAAGCUCAUUCUCAUCUUCCUCUCCUUCGACCCUCAACUUUAAUGACAACUUGUCGCUAUCUUCUAAAAUCAUUCCAACUAUUCGCCAUCCAAACCAAACAACACCCAUGUCUAGCUUUAAUCCAUAUGGUAGUACGGCUCCACUGAACACGAUCAAUUCAAUCAACCAUCACAACCUCAAUGAUUCGUCGUUGCCGUAUGGAUCCAGUCCAAGGUCUUCGGUAUAUUUCCCACCUCCGAUAUCUCACAACAGCACCAACGGCAAUAAUAUCAACAUUAGCAAUAACAAUACUGAAAUUCGUACAUUUUUCAGCGGUGUCUCUGAUAUUGGUACUCCAAUUCCCAGUCUAAUGUCUGAUAGAAUUAGAGGUGUGCGAGGGAAUGAGUUCAUUAUGGUCUCGAGAAGAGCAGAUUUGUUUUCUCAUUUGAACAUUUCUAAAGACUCUAUCAUUGAUUUCCAUAAGAACUAUAUCCCUAUGUUAUACAACCAUUCAAGGGUCAAAAAUAUUGGUCCCCUAUCCGGUAUAUCAAUGGUCAUCAAAGACCCGUUGACGAGACCAUUGAAGGAGGAAGUGUCUGCAUUUAAGAAGAGGGCUUUCGAUAGUAUUUUAAAUGGUGACGAGAAAAUCGAAAGGGAGAAUUUAAAGAAACAUUCUGGUGUAGAAGAUAUCGAAAAAAUAGAUCUGAACACAAAAAUUGGUUUGUGUUCUAGUGUUCAGAAUAUAUCAUUGUUUUCCGAUUGGGCAUUAGAUGAUGGGAUUAAAGUACCUUCAAACGUCAAAGAUUUGAUAGAUUUCAUACUAGAGAUUUUACCGAACAAGAAAAUAAUUUGGUCUUUAAUAGAUCGCUUCUUUGAUAAGAUGUAUCCUCUAUUCCCGUACCUAGACCAGUCAACUUUUAAUUCCGAUGUUGGGAAACUGAUUGAGAGCAAUCGUGAAAAUGAUCUAAAUCUUACAGAAAAAGUUAAAACCUUGAAAAUCCAAAAAAAGCUUGAUAUUGCUAUAGCUGGUAUUCUUUUGGUUGUAUUGAGUUUUGCUAAUGAUUCAUUACUCGUUCGGGUGGAUGUAAGCAAAAUAACAAGAACCCCAUUGGAAAAAUAUCUGCUUGAUCAUCCACUAUCAAAGCAUACUAUCGCAAUCUCCAAGUUUUGUUUGAACCAAUUUGAUUUACUAAAAAAAUGUGCCUUACCAAUUUUCCAGCUAGCACUUUUAAUCAAGGAAUACGAAAAUUCAAACGCGUUAACCGAUGGUGGUGACCCAGAUUCCCAAAUCUGUAUCUCAAUGCUAAUACAAAUGGCAAUUGCUAUUGGGUUGAACAGAGAUCCAUCAAAGUUUGACAUUAGAUUGAGUAAGGGGAAAGUAGGGAAUCUUUGGAGGAAAAUAUGGUAUGGUCUAUUAGCUAUUGAUUCAAGAAGAUACAUACUGUAUGGUAGGAGUAAGUGUAUAUCUAGCGAUCUCUACGACACUGAACUACCAUUUUAUGACAAGGAAUCUUCUAAUAUUGAUAAUCACCAGUUAGAGAAGGUUGUGCUAGAGAAAAUCAAGCUUAAUUUUAGGUUUGAUGAAGCUAUGAAUGAAAUCACAGACUAUGUUUGUUCAUUAAAAAAUAAACCGAAUGUUCGAGUGUUAAUAGAGAAAACAUUGAAUUUGGAGAGAAUGAUUGAGGAGUCAUUUGAAUCAUUGAAAUCCAUAUUAGAGAGAAAAAAUGAAGAUUCGAUAAGUCAGUUUAGUAAAAUUAAAGAUUUUGCAAUUGUCACACAGGCUUUAGGUCUACUUAUUUGCAUUUAUCAUCAUUUAUAUCUUAGUUCACAAUCUGAAAAAAAUUUUCAUGCAGGGAGGUUUUUCAAAAAAAAGGAGAUCUUUUAUUGGUUAUAUGUUCUUUCAAAUGUUGAAUGCUAUACCACUAAUUCACAAAGAUGCUUUGGUGUAGGUUAUGAUAUGAUUGUUUCGUUCCUUGUUUUGCCAAUUAUCCAUAAAGGAUGGGUUGUUUAUUUUUCCACAUACAUAUCAAUCACUGCAUAUUUGAUUAAGGCAGAAAGAUAUCCUGUUAACACCAAGAGGAUUGAGAUGUUGCAAAAUAUUAGUAAACAAAUGACAGAUUCAUCCAGCUGGUAUUUACCUUGCAUCAAACUAUUAGCAAAACACAAUUUUUAUGCGUGGAGAAUUUUCAAAGCACACACGUUUAUACUAAAAUUGAUCAGAAUGAAGAACUAUUUUCAAAAGAGUGUGACACAGAUCUAUAAUAUUUUUGAGAAUGUCAGUGACCAAGAUUUGGUUUUAUUCUACGAUCUGAUUAAUUAUAAAAACUACAAGAUAAACAAUGUGGAAACUAUAACUUUCAAGACCUCAAAGAGCAUAAUUCUUCAUAAUAUAGUGGGAAUUAACCGCAAUUCAGAACAUAUUGAUGAGAAACAGAACCCAUUGGAUAGCCCUUUCAACUUCAAAUCUCAGAUGGAUAAGUCAAUAGCUGAAGAAAUUUGGAAUCAACCUUUAGAAGAGGAUGAGUACUGGAAAAACGUUUUUCUGAAGAAGCAAUCAAAUAUUGGACAAGGUGUAAAUUUGAACGGUGAAAUUGUUGGCAGUGAGGCAAGUGGCCACUCCGACUUAUCACUAAAUGAUGGAUCCAUUAGAACCCCUGAUUUGCUCUCUUCAAACAGUCCAUUCAGUGGAUAUGGAGGAAUUCCAGAGACUGAUGAUUUUUUUUUCGAUCAGGCGAUCUACGAAAUGUUCAGUCAGCAACAAUAA